AAACCAGUUCAAGUUUAGCUAAUGUUUCUCACAUUGAAAAUUGUGGAUAUGCUUUCAAAACCAGUGGUCAUCUUAUAGGAGCUGUAAGAAAAAUUAUGACGGAUGAUGAUGUGCAAAUCUUGUGCGUUUGCUAUACAAAUCGAUUGUUAACUCAGAUUAAACUGUGGCAAUCGAGGUCUUCUAACCAAGAUUUUAUAUUUGGCGAACUCAAGAAACUGAGCUUGCAAGUCGGCUCUAAACUGUGUCCCAUAAAGGCAUUCACAUCACUUUCGAAUAAUCAUAUUUUUCUAGAAAUUAAUAAUUGCUCAGAAUUGCAAGAGAACGAAAUUAAUUUAAUGCAAAAGCUUGUGGAAAUCGUAGGAAAUAAUAUGAAAAAACGUUUAGUAGUGAUGGCCGCGAAAGAACAGCAAGUGGCAUGUGAGAAUAUUUUAGUGCACUGCAUUGCACGACUCAAAAACCAAAAGAAUUACAUGAAAUUGCACGAUUUUGAAAAUAGUUUUGGCGAUUUAAGUAAAGAGUCGAAAGAAAAAUUGCUAAAGACAGCAACAGUCAAGUUUCAAAAUAGAAAGUUUAGCUUGGGUACAUUAUUGGAUAUAACUUUAAUGGACCGCUUAAGUGGUAGUACACUUUGCGAACUGAUCAAUGGGAACUUGGACUUAGGAAGUGCACCAGCUGAUGUACUGUACGAGUCCGUUAAAGCAUACUAUAUUGAACGUACUUUUGCGCUCCGUAAGUUUUUAAAAACAGAAAUAGUGCACCAACCCGAUUUUCAUAUAAUUUCUGACCAGAGCGCCGAUGAUAAUCAAGACGUAGACAAUACUGCAAAUCCAGAGUUGCAAAUAGUAAGACAAAGCGAUUUGAAUGAUAAUUUAGGUGAAAGAACAAUGACAGAUAAAACGAACAUUUUGGUCAUUACUAAAAGCAGAGACACGUUUUCCAAUGUUUGUCAAAAGUGUAAAGAUAAAAACGUACAUUGGCUAGUAAAAGAGGACAACUUUUAUGUAUGGCAAGAAUCUCAAGGAAGACUUUCUGAAAUACGAAAGUGGUUAAAUAUGGAAUGGAAAGUCAGGAUUAAUCCUUGUAACGCGAUAUGUGAACACGUUGAUAACAAAAUUGUAAUAGUCAAUGCUGUUCCCGGUAUGGGCAAGUCUAUAGUACUCUCUCAUUUAGAAACUAAUACCAAAUCCUUAAGCCCAGAAUAUUUAUGUAUUAGAACGAGUCUAGUCGAUCAUUGGGCGGAUUUAGACGACUUCGAUGAAGAUGACAUGAUUAAUGAAUCAAUCAAGUUUCUUUAUAAAGCAGGACGACUAGUUUCUGAGGACCGUAACGAUGACGUUUCUAAGCAUAUUACUGUCCUUGAAAAUGGAGACUUAAAGUUAAGCGCUGGUCCUGAAGCAACUUUUAACGAAUUAUUAAGGAUCUCGAUAUUUUGUCACUUUUAUAAUGAAGGAAAUAUUAUUUUAUUACUCGAUGGAUUUGACGAAAUAAGCCCACAAUACAACGAUAAGGUCAUUCGAUUGGUACAAACGCUUCAAGUUAUGAAAGUUUCGAAGAUAUGGAUAACCACCCGUCCUUACGAUCUUGUAAACGAACUAGAAGACAAACUAAGCACUUUUUCGUACACUCUGGAACCUCUUUCUGUUGAUGAGCAACGGUAUUUAUUGCUACAUUUUUGGAAAAUAAAAUUAAAAGUCGAAAUCAGCUUGACUAAAUUAAUAGAAUUCGUGGAUUUCCUGGAACGAACCAUUUUUAAACACUUUAACAAAAAUAACAUAAACUACAUGUCUACUUUCAUGGGUAUUCCAUUGCACAUUGCAAUGCUUGCUGUAAUUGAAGAAAAACGAUUUCUAGAAUUCCUCACCGAAGUAAUAGACGUAAAUGAUAAUGAUGUAGACUCACAAAUCUCAAUUUACACUAUCUACAACGAAUUCUUUAAAAUCAAAUUUGAAGAUAUUCUGUAUAAGGAAACUGAUGUCGAUGCCCCUAAAUACAGAUCUAUAUUUAGAGAAAAAAAGAAGAAAACUAUGAAAGAUAACGGUAAGUUAGCGUUAUUAGUACUCUUUGAGGACGUACCUGAGGCGUUGGUGUGUGAAGACGAUCGUGAAAAGCUAAAAGAAGAGGUCAUGAUAGGAGGAGAAAAAACCGGGAUUAUUUACCAAUUUGCAGAUGGUAAACCGCGUUUUGUUCAUCGAACUUACGCAGAAUUCCUUGCAGCUCAUUUCUUAGCCGAUACCAUAUUAAAUUCAAAAGGGUAUAAAUGUAAAGCGGCUACAAAUUUUUUAUAUAAAAUUAUUACAGAAUUCACAUGGCAAACAUCUGUUGUCUUCAUGUUCUUUAACUACGAAGUUGUAUCAAAAAGCAAAUAUUACACCCCCUUAUUCAACUCUGCUUUAAAUGGAAAUGUACAGAAAAUUAUGGAGAUUGAAAACAUAACAGACAUCAAGGAUGAUCUCGGUAGAUCGCCUUUUCAUUUGCUGUUCUGCAGUGGUUUGGUUUACGAUGAAACAAUAGAUAUUUUCGAAAAGUAUAGUAGUGCAAUGCUUGUUGCGGAUAAACUUUUUAAGUGGUCGCCCCUUCAUUACGCCGUGUUGUGCCACGACUGUAACAAAACAUUGCUUUAUCCGGGACAUCAGUUUGUAACCAAAUCUCCAGAACCACAAUUUAGAGAUAUCAAUGGAAGAACCCCUCUCAUCAUGGCAUCACAACGUAAAUGCACGAAAAGGUGCAUUUACAAUUUUAUUUAUAAUUUUUCUCUUGAAAUUGACGCUCAAGACAGUACUGGUAAAACCGCUUUGCAUUAUGCACUAAUCAAUAUGAAUAAAUCGCAACAUAAUCCUAACCAUAAAACUUGCUUAAGUGAUUACUCAGAGUUUGAUCUUAUAGGGUUUUACACUGAGCAUAUGUUUGCCGAGAAAGGUAUGAUUUCAGACAAUCAUUUUAAUGUUGAUCAGUUGACAUCACUGAGAAAGAAAUUACUAACAGACCCAGGACUGUGUAGCCUAUACCAUAAUACAUCUCAUAACCUUUCGUUAUUAGCGGCAGAGAUUGUAGAAACUUGGGAUGCUCAAGUGAAUGCUCAGGACUGUGAAGGGAAAACUGCGUUACAUUACGCUAUAGCAGAAAAGAAAUGGACGGAAGUACACGUCUUGAUAAGGCAAAAAGCUGAUAUUACAAUAAGAGACAACAGAGGAAGAAUCCCGGCGUACUUUGAUGAGAGCGAAGUACUCGAUUGUGAGGUGCACGAAACUACUUUGUUUUUUAUAAAUAGUUUGAAACCUGACGUUAUGAAACUUCUAAUCGAUACCAUGGAACUUAGUCAGGAUGUUCUUGUUCAAAUUCUUUAUCGAUACAAGAAUAUAUCCGAAUAUUUGCUGGGAAAAGGAUUGCUAAGUGCAAACAUGCAAGAUUCUACUGGUAAAACUGGUCUGCACCACGCUGUUAUCCAAAAUAACGGGGAUGCAGUACUAUUCUUAAAAAAAAAUAAUGCGAAUCCAAAUAUCACAGAUAAUGAAAAUAAAAUGCCUUUGCAGUAUGUCACUACAAAGGAUAAUGUAGAAGUGGUAAUUAUAAAUUUAUUAAUGAUGGGUGCUUACUUCGAUGUCGUUUCACAAGAGAUACUAGAAACAAUGAGUAUAUUAAAAUCAACUGCCGAUUUGUACGACAGCGUAAAAGCAAACGAUUUGGAAAAACUACGCAGCGUUCUAACGUCAGAGUUUAGUGGAGUUAUAGUCAAAGCAAAAACUAAAGUUGGAGGUAAAACUGCAUUGCAUAUUGCAAUGAAGGCAGGGUAUGUAGAUAUAGGACGUACUCUCUUAUUGCAUGGUGCUUGUUAUAACGCACGCGAUGAUAAUGCCAUCACGCCGGCGCAACUCGCACAAAGACAUAAAUACUUGGCCGUGCGCGAUUCUAUUCACACAGCACAUUCUCUAAUUGAUAUAGCUCGCAAAGAAUCUUUCGAUUCUCUCCAAAUCGCAAAAUCGAGAGAAAUCCACCGAACCACAUUCGAUUGUGAUUGCUAUGAAUGCAAACUUAGAGACGUAGCUGUACAUUACAUGGAUAAGGCUAAACGUGUAAAUUCCAACCAAAAAGUCUCUUUAGAGAUGAAGACAAGCGAAAAAGGUCGCACUUUGCAUGUUAGUACAGAAUCUAUUAGAAGACAUAAUUUCACUUUGGAAUUUCUUGUACGAAGGUGCAGGGGAAGAGAUUUAAUGGUUAUGCUGAGGAGUAGAGAUUUGAACAAUGACUUGCAUAUCUUAGAAGCUGGUAGGAGUGGAGUGACAAAUUUUGUUCUUCCGAUGCUGAAUCGUUGUAACUGCCAAAGUGACGAUGAAAGCAGUUGUACUUGUAUAAGUCUUCCUCAAAAUGUGAUUGUCGUUGUGGUGGUAGUUGUUGUCUAUGUUACUAAGCAAAAGCAAAUCCUUGAUAUUGAGGACUGAAAAGCUUUUUACUGGCGCGAAUCUGAUAUUUAUGCGACUUAUUAAUGUUUAAGAGCUGGACCCCACUUGAUGCAGAAGCAUGCUAGCAACACCCCAUAUAAUAAUCACUUAUUUAGCGCGGAUGGAUGCAGUCAUGAUGCAGUACUUGUAAAUGGGAUGCAACCCUAAAGCACCUUUUAUAAAAACCUUUAAAGCAAAGGGAGUGCUAGCCUAAACUAUGGUGGAAUUGACAGAUGCAGUGAAGAAUCAUUUUGCCAUCAAGAAAACUACCCGACCAC